GAGGAAAUCCUGUGUCGUGAGGGUCUUCGACCAGCGCAUCUCCAGCCACCCACUACAGAGACCGUUCAUCAGUACCUCACUCGGUCAAAGUUCCCAAUAAUGUCUUCUGAAAUCAACAAGAAGACAGCACAGCCAGACGGUGGCGAUGUCAUCCGAACCCAUACCGACUUCGAGGACGGCAGCAUGGAGAAGCUCAAGCAUGGCGAAGUUGAUCCGGCCCUGGCAUUUGCCAAUGGAGAAGAAGUCACCUUCACCCCUGAAGAGGAACGAAAAGUCCUAUGGAAGAUUGACAGAGCCAUCUUGCCCCUUCUGAUGUGGAUUUACGCUCUUCAAUUCGCUGACAAGACGUCCCUAAACUAUGCCUCGUUGAUGGGCAUUCGUGAGGAUACGGGCCUCAACCCCAAAAGUCAGGAGUACAGCUGGGCUUCUUCCAUCUUCUACGCUGGCUACCUCCUCUGGGAGUUCCCUACGACAUAUCUCCUUCGACGCCUGCCUCUCGGAAAGUACACAUCGGCCAACAUCAUCCUUUGGGGUGUUGUCCUAGUCUGCCACGUCUUCGCUUUCAACUACGCCGGCCUCCUCUCGGUCCGCUUCUUCCUCGGCGCCCUCGAGGCCACCGUGACACCAGCUUUCGUCAUCUUGACCUCAGCGUGGUAUAAGCAGAACGAGCAGGCAAAGCGCAUGGGUUACUGGCUCAGCUGCAAUGGUGUUGCCCUGUUGACCCUUGGUCCCAUCGCCUACGGCCUUUCUGGUGCCCAUAACACAGUCCUGGCAACUUGGAAGGUUCUGUACCUGGUCCUUGGCUUGCCUACCGUCAUCACUGGCGUCUACUGUUGGUGGUUCAUGCCCGACAACCAAACCAAUGCCAAGUUCCUCAACCACCGAGAGAAGACAAUUGCUAUCGAGCGCAUCCGUGGAAACUUCCAGGGUAUCGGAAGUCGCAAGUGGAAGUGGGAUCAGUUUUACGAGGCUUUCAAGGACCCCCGAACCUACCUCUACGUUCUCUUCUCGCUGCUCAUGAACAUCCCCAACGGAGGUAUCACUGCCUUUGGAUCCAUCAUUAUCAACUCUUUUGGCUUCAACUCCCGCCUGUCCCUCCUUCUCAACAUGCCCACAGGCGUUGUUGAUAUUACCUGCAAGCUCCUCUUCACGUACCUCUCGGACAAAUUCAUGGAUCGAUCCCUCUUCGCCUUCAUCGCCAUCCUCAUCCCGAUGAUUGGCGGCAUCAUGAUGAUCGUCAUCCCCCUCUCAGCUCAAGGUGCCUUGCUCGUCGGCUACUACCUCAUCGGAGCCGCGGGCUCAUCGUGGUGCCUCGUCAUGGUCAUGAUCUCAAACAACAAUCUCGGCUACACGAAGAAGGUCACUGUCAACGGACUCCAGAUCCUCGCUUACGGAGCUGGUAACUGGAUCGGCCCGCAGACUUUCCGUUCCAACGAAGCGCCCAACUAUCACAACGGCAAGCUCAUGGUCGCCAUCAUGUAUGGCCUUGCCGCCUGCACCAUCGUUGCUAUUCGGCUUGUCAACAUCUGGGAAAACAAGCGGCGGGAUAAGAAGGCGGCGGAGGAGCCGGAGGUCAUCGCAUCAGGAACUGAGUUUUUGGAUUUGACGGAUUUCGAGCAGCCUGCCUUCCGAUAUGUUCUUUAG